CCCCCCCCAAAUGAUGCCAGGUCAGUGAUGAGAGAUCAGAUGUGCCGGAAGGUUCCGAUUGUGCGAGGUGUUCCCGUGUCCCGCGUUCGUCCGCACCAGGGGAUAUGAGUACGAGCUGCACCAGGGCACCUUCCGGGAGCGGAGGACAGCUGCAGGAGAGGGCGGCUGGGUUUUACCUCUGCGAGCAAGCAAUCAGAGAGACUUAUGAGGCUGACCGUUAGACGGAAGGGCACGAAUCAGUCACGGAGGGAGAGAGAGGGAGAGAGAGAGAGAGAGAGAGAGCUCAUGCUCUGCCUUGUUUUUCACUUCUUCCGCUCGUCCCCUGUAGCCGGAAGACAAGUGCAAACCUGGCAAACACUCCAGGACUCCUUGAAAAUCAUCUGCUUGACAGAGUCAUUUUUUUUUUCUUUGGUUUGUUUCGUUCUUCUUCCCGGCUGCUAACUGGCGCAGUGGGGCACGGCUGGCCCCAACAGGCUACGCGGGGGCGCCGUCCUGCGUUUCCGCAGCAAUUUGUGACAUUGGGCGCUUCUCUGAGAGAUGGCAUGCGUGUUUAUGUGUUGGGGGUGGCUGCUUCUAUAAAAAGCCAUCACAUAUUUGUCGCACAGUGAACCUGAGGGCGGGGUGGGACCGGUCACCCCUCUAACCUCGUUUAGGCCUGUGUAAAUUUGAGAGAAUGUAGAUAAUGCUGUCCACUGAUACGUUCCUGAGAGUGACCCCCACCUACUUCACAGGCAUGUCCACCAGAGCCUGAAAUUCCAUGACAAACAGAAGAAAUUUAUUGACAUUGUACACCUCCAUGUGUCUGUUGCUCUGUGUGUCAGUCUGUAUUGGCUGAGGCCUAGAAUCUUUCUCUCCAACAGAGAUGUGUGAACAUCGCAAUCCAGACUCGGCACAGCUUACGGCCGAUUUCUGCUUUCGGGCGAUGGUCUGAGGAGCAUGCAGUAAGGCACCUCCUCUCCACACUCACAAGUGCCGCCCUAACUUUCAUCCUCUGCCCUCUGUCUUAGCCCCACGUGUCUGACCCACCGUGACACAGAGAGGGAAGGUCAUUCAGUAUCACGUUCGCUGACCAUCCAGUCUCAAUGAAGUUCAGCUUUAGGUUCGGCUGAUAUACCAGGGUGCCAACCCGCUCUAGUUAUGACUUGUUACAGUCCUGGUUAUAAGAAUAGGACUGGCUUAAUCUCCUAACCAUCCACACGGUCUGAAUUAGCCCUGAAGAGCAUGUCCUUUAGCUCAAAGCCGAGGACCGUUGUCCAUUUCGACCUUCUGCCCGAGCUCUGAGACUGGCAGCAGGAGGCACCUUGACACUCACAGCGCCACAUGGCACCCUUUCCAAUCCUGGUCACUGUGAGUCUUGACCUUUGACCUCUUCUCUGCCUAUUCCUACCAUUCAUUUCCUGGUGAUUUAACUGGUUGAUUGUCAAUGACUGGUUGGUUCUCCUUUGAUUGCCUCCCUGUUUUUGGCUUCUGUCUCUAACAUUUGGAAUUUACUGGUACUUAAUUUGUAAAUGAAGGGUCUAUGUUGCAUCACCUGCCUUGAUUUGAAGUUAUGAAUAAAAUCAUUGAUGUUAUUUUCACCUCCUUGAAGCGUCUGUUUGAUCAUGCAGAGGAAUGCCAGUUGCCCAAUUGUGAGUUUAAUGGUCACCCAGUGUACUUUAGCCAAAUUGUUGACCUACCACAGAACUGAUACCAGAUAAAUGUUUCCAGUUCAGUUGUUGGGUGUGACAGGAAGUAGCAACGAAUGAUGGAACCUGCAGUGAAACGUAACACAAGCCAAGAGAGACAAGGAGUCACGAUAAAUCUGAGUGAACCCUGUCCACAUCACAAGGAUCUUGCUCAUUUAGUGUCAUUAUGAAGACUAAGGCAGUGUAGGCGGCCCACUAAACUACCACCCCCAUCCAUAAAGCCCCAACCCCCCUAAGGCUGACAGCUUACCUCAGACAUCCCUGGACCCCAAAUUCCUCCUAAUCUCUGAGUGGGAGAUCUGCUGCUUCCACUUGCUAUCAGCUUUUCUGUUACUAAAGGGGUACUCGUGAGAAUGGAUGGCCUAUUAUGGAGACGGACCCACCGUGCCUGACUGAUAUCCCAGAAUGCACUGAGUGUAGGUGGGCGUGGGUGAGAUAGCAGCCGCUGACAUGUCUCGCGGCUCUCACAGUGUCCGUGCGUGAGUGGGAUACUGCGGGUCUGUGACUCCACGGUCCAACGGCAAAGCCUCGUCUCUCCGCAGCGGCAUGGCAACCUUCAGCGGCUCCAUAUCCCGCUCCAGCCGCUACAGCAGCAGCUCUGUUCGGGCGGAGUCUGGCUCCGGGGCCGGUUUGGCGUUCCAGCCGUACCUAGAUGCUGGACGCCAUAGGCUGCUUGGGAACGAGGGGACUGAAGAUCAUCUGGACCUGUCAGCAUUCAGCCGCUGUGGCUCGUCCUACAGCGUGUCAGCUGACGUCAGCCAGUUUGAGCCCGGGGACGUGGUGGUGUUGGCCUUCAAUUGCUGUGUGGUCAUCCAUGCUGAAAAGGUGGCAGAUGACGGUAGCGUCAGCGACACCUUCACUCACAGGAGCCAGCUUCCUGAGGACAUGGACCCCCUGACGGUCAGCAGUACCUUAACAGCCCAGGGGAUUCUGGUGGUGAGCGUGAGGAAGAGGAGCAGCCAGCAGGACCAUGACCGUGACCCCCCCCCUCCAGCCUACUGCGCUUACGGCCAUGUAUAA